CGCACAAUGAUGACAGGAUUCACAAAUUCUAUCAACAGCCAAUUCAUCACUAAAAAAACAAAACAACAAGAAACUCUAAGUGAAGAAGAGCUUGAUGAGUUUCUUACUUGUCUUCCCAAAUAAAAAGGAUGGACAACUUGUGUUUGAAGCCUUAAAUAUGAAACAUAGCAAAGCUAUGUCCCGAAUGGAGCUCUUCACAAAUCUGAAUUAAUCGAACUUCAAUACUAUAAAAAUACUGCGGACCACAUCUAUUACUAGUAUUUUACUAUAUAUGUAGCUCUAUAUUCUCAUGCAAAAUGAAAUCCUUGCCAUCACAACACACAAAAAUGACAGGCACCACACAUAUCUUCAACAGCCAAUCGAUCACUGGAAAACCAAAACAACAAGAAACUCUAAGUGAAGAAGAGCUUGAUGAGUUUCUUACUUCUCUACCCAAAGAAAAAGGAUGGAGAACACCCAAUUUGUUCCUCUUCCAAGGCUUCUGGUGUCAACCCAAGGAAAUCCGAGCCAUAAUUUCUAUACAAAAUCAUUUUAUAGCUCAAGAUACCGACGUGAUACUCGCCACCAUACCAAAAUCCGGCACCACUUGGCUAAAAGCACUCACAUUCGCCAUUGUUAACCGGAACAACUUCAAUGUUCACCAUAAUCACCCUUUGCUCACUCACAAUCCUCAUGAACUCGUACCCUUCCUCGAGUACAAACUUUACGCUGAUUCUAACCGCCUCCCUGAUCUCUCCCUCCUUCCUUCUCCGAGGAUUGUCGCUACCCACGUACCUUUCGGUGCAUUACCCGAUUCAAUUAAGACCUCAAAUUGCAAAAUUAUUUACAUUUGCCGGAACCCUUUUGAUACCUUUGUAUCAAUUUGGCAUUACCUUUGUAAAAUCAGGCCUGAAUCUCUGGGUCCUCUUCCAAUUGAGGAAGCAUUCGAUUUGUAUUGCAGGGGAGUUACAGGGUAUGGUCCUUACUGGGACCAUAUGUUGAGUUACUGGAGAGAAACUGCACCAAACAAGGUGUUGUUCUUGAAAUAUGAAGAGAUGAAAGUAGAUACAUGUAAUCAAUUGAAGAUAUUAGGUGAGUUUUUGGGGUUUCCUUUUACAGAGGAAGAGGAAAAAGGAGUAAUUGAAGAUAUCUCAAAUCUUUGUAGUUUCCAGAAUAUGAAAGAUUUAGAGGUGAACAAGAAAGGGAAAGGAGCAAUUUCAGUCUUUGAAAACAGAGAUUUGUUCAGGAAAGGUGAGAUUGGGGAUUGGAUGAAUUAUUUUACACCUUCCAUGUUUGAGAGACUUUCCAAUGUUAUGGAUGAGAAAUUAGAAGGCUCAGGGAUUACCUUCACAGUCAGUUGACUGUACAAAUCAAGGCGUGUUUGGUACGUGGAAUGAGAAUAAUUUCAAAAUAACUUUAUUUUGUUAGUAUUUGAUUUGAGUGUUAGUUAAUCUAUGCUUUUUACUUUUAUUAUAUUGUUAUUAUGUAAGAAUGAAAAGU